ACAAAGAAUGCAUUACAUACAGAGUUUAUCUCGCACAUUUUUCUUCAAAAUUGGGAGUAUCGAUUCAAUACAAGAAAUAAUGCUUUUAACACAAUCUCAAUAUGGAAAAUCGAUGAAGAAGCCAAUGAAGAAGAGAUUAUAAAAGAGAAUAGAUGA